UCGAUCAUGGGAGUCGCUCAUCUCUUUGUGUGUAUGAACCCUUCGUUCGACUCCCCAUUGGUGGAGUUGCAUGUGCGUCACAGUGGCGAAUCUUCCACCCAACUCCGCCGGCGAUUUCGCCGGACCCGACGACCGCGACGACGUGACCCCGUCCUUCGUGGAGUACGAGACGACGGUAAUCGUGUCGGCGCUGGCGCGCGUGGCCGCCGGAGACCGUGGCGCCGAGGCAGCGGCGGGACGGAUCGGCUCAUCCUGGUGCACGUCUCCGAUGUUCUCGUCGUCGCAGGGAGGUCAGAAGAGAGGGAGGGAGGAAUUCGUGCGCGAGGGGGAGUCGUCUUCAGCUCCUUCAGCAGCAGAGGCGGUCACCGCUCCCGCCGCAGAAGGAACAGAGCAAGGCGGGGGAAGACGAUACAGAGGGGUCAGGCAACGCCCCUGGGGGAAAUGGGCGGCCGAGAUAAGGGACCCUCACAGGGCCGCCCGCGUCUGGCUCGGCACCUUCGACACCUCCGAGGCUGCCGCCCGAGCCUACGACGAGGCCGCCCUCCGGUUCCGUGGAAGCAGAGCCAAGCUCAACUUCCCCGAGGAGGCCCACCUCCAGCCGUUCGGGGGGCACCCAUCAUCCGACGCCGGGGCGGCCGUGGCGAGCGACUACUUGCCGUACUCGACGCUGCUGAAGGGAGGCGGGGAGUACCAGAGAAUGACUCCCACUCCUCUGUUCGAUCAAACGACAUAUUCCGGAGCUUCUGCGGCUUCUUCAUUCUCUACUUGUUCCUCCAAUUCAUCUUCAUUUGCGACUGCUGUAAGUCCUCCGCCGCCUCUGUUUCCUUCAGAAACACCACAAGAAACGGAUUUCCUGCAACCUCCACCUUCGACGGACUCGAGCCAUUAGCCUUCCUUCACAUUGUCGGUGGUCCGAUCACAGGAUUCAAGUACAUUUCACACAAUUUAUCUUUAAUGUCUACUGCUGCUUAAUUUUUGGAAUAAAAUUAAG